UUACAGCAUUUGAGUAUGGUAUAUAUGUUUCAUUCAUUAAAUCUGUUCUCUUCCCUUAGACUGCAAGAAAUUUUAUAUCUCAAUCUUCCGUCACUGAUGACAGGUAUUUCUAUUAUAUACAGUUUUCUAACAUUACUAUAGUUUAACAUGACUUAAUUCACACUAUAUUAUACAUGUUUCAUAUUAAUUAAACAGUCAAGGUUUACGUGAUGCGAUGCAAGGUCUGGAUUUCCAAGGCUGGUUUGAUAUGCUAGAAGUUGUCUUCACAAAUGUGUUACAAAUGCUUAAACGAAUGAAGGUAUGAUUUCUUUAUAGAUUGAUAUGGAAUCAAUAUAAGUGCCAAUUAUAACGACAUAUAUUUAUUAAUAUGUCUUCCACAAUUUUAUUUUUGUGCUCUAACCUGAUAUCUUUGAUAUCAAAUACAUGCAUGCAUGGGUGUUUCCAUAACCCGGACCCCUACAACACCCAAAACCCCACCCGGAAUACCCCAGACAAAUAUGUUGAUGCGGCCUGCAAUUCAAUGAAAUUCGGUACUCGCCGUAUAUGAGCUCAUCCAAACAGAUUGCUGAAUAGCUCUUAUACGGUGGAUGACUAUAUUAUAAAUAUACACAUAUAUAAAGAUUAGUAUAUAACAAGGAGAAAGUUAUGAAUCAUUAUAUUAUUAAGUCUUUCCACUCAAAAGUGUUCGCCUCCUAAAACUGUAUCAAACCUGUACGCGACUUGUUUUCUUUAAAGCAUUUAUUCAAAUGAGUUUGUUUUGAUCGUCCGUUGCUGUUCUAAAAUGAUAGUAAAUUAUUCCUUAAUAUACAUACUAUGUACACAAUGCAUAUUUUAUCGAGAAAAACGAGUUGAUUAUACGCUCUUUUUCGGCUUUAAAUACACUGCAUAUUUUCUUGUUAUACGCAUGCAUUCAUGCAUCCAUGCAAGCCUGUAGAUUAUAGCUUAGCACUGUAAUCGUCUCUAAACCAAAUGCACGCAGAACUAUACAGCACAAGCAAUGGUUCGAAGUCGAAAUUAUCUUUUAACUUUAUUUUUCUGUAUACGAAUCGUAUCAAUCUUAAUUUUUACACUGACUGUUUACUAGUUCGCCUAGCUAUACAGGGUGUAUAAAAAAACGCAACCUUGGAAUUGCCCAAGAAAUCGACAUUGUUUUAAAGACAAAAGAUUUUAGGCGCCUGGGGAAUGGACAACAACAGUAAUAUGAUCUAUUAGCAAUUCGAUUUCAAUUCCGAGGGGCCUAAAAUCUUUUAUGCUUAAGAAUUGCAAAGUGAUUUCUUACGCAAAGUGAUUUCUUCAAUCUACAUAAUUAUGCACUAUUAAUUGUCAUUGUUCACGCGAUAAUAAGGUUGCGAAAUAAGGUCAAGGUUACUUCUGAACAAGCAAUGAAUUUAUUUUUAUUGAACUUUGUCAUGUCAUGAUUACCGCUUCUCAUGGGGAAAUAUACUCAUAGUUGGGCGACCAAGACGGCAAAGUUUUGUGAAUAAUCGGUCCGGUAAACGGGUUUCGGGCAAACAAAUUAUUGUGAUGCAAUAUCAUCAUUGAUGGCUUUUUCAUAAAAUAUUCGCCUGAUCCGUUGUUCAUAUUCCGCUUCAAAUCAGCAAAUUUAGUCACGUGAUUGAUAUCCACUCUUCUCCGCAGAGGCUUUGUGUUUUGUUUUGGGUUUUUUCGACGUUUGCAGGCGGGAUAGUCGCGGGCUAGGCAGGCUAGGGGGGAGUGACGGGACUAGCGCAGGGAGUGACAGGACUAGUCCGUCUUCUCCCACGCUCCGCUUCUCCCCUUUCAUCCCUAUUUUUUCCCUAUAAUUUUUCCCUAGCCUGUCUUGCCCGCGACUAUCCCGCCUGCAAAUUUCGAAAAAACCCAAAACAAAACACAAAGCCUCUGCGGAGGAGAGUGGCGGCGGACAGAGUUUUCUGCUUUUCUGAAAUUAUGAUAUAUCUCACUCGAGAGCAUUUUCUCCUUAUACUUUAACGGAAGAGUAUGCCAUGGUAGUUUUGAAUGAAUGUGUGCUAUUUAUUACAAUGUUGUUUUUCUCGAUUUCUCCUUAGAAUAUAAACACAAUAACAGAAUGACUUUUUCACGUUCAUAACGAAAUCUAAAACUAUAUCGUUCGAAAUAAAGUUUUAAUAACAUUUUCACUUUACAAGUUUCGAAAACGCAAUACAAAAAGGAUUUAAAAGAAUAUCACGGUAAGGUUUUGUCCAACUGUCGGACCGUGUUUUUGCUAUUUGUUUGAACUGAAAUCUGAGUUUUAAAUAAGUUUUAAAUUAUCCGUGAAUAUGUUUGACACAGUAAAAUAAUAAAGGAAUCCUACCUUUCAAGUUAAAUACAACAUUUUGUGCUUCUUUCGUUUUCUGGGGAAGAUUUUUUCAAUAUUUCGUCGAUUUCGAAAGCAAAUUCGCCGAAUCAUUCUUUUUCAAAAGCAUUAUUUACUAGCCAGGUGGUAAGUAAUGCGUCAGAUUUACUAGUCAACUAGCCAAUCAGAACGCGCGAAAGCUCAUUUGAUAUGCAAAAUUUAUACUAAUAAAAAAUUGUUUCUUUUAUAGAUUCUUCAUCAUAGCUUUCUGAAUGUACUUGCUAUAGCUGCUGGCCAAGAUCGUACAGGAUCAUGGUCUGUACAAGAUUCUUCUGUGGAAAGGUAUACAACUAUACAUUUAUCCCAAACUAGGAUAAUACUUAUGUUUAGCUUAAACAGUGAAUGGAUUUACCGAAACGAAACAACAGCAACAACCAUACAUGAAAACAUAGCUAUUGGUUACUUUAGCGAAAAUACAAUAUACACGUGACCAUGAACCGACCAUUUCUUGACAAAAACAUAGAUAACGAGGUCUAUAAUUAUGUUUACAUCAAGUAACCUUCAUAUUCUAUUGACUACACGGCAAAAAACGCCGAGCCCGCUGCUCAACAUGAUUGAACAAUGUUUUGCUGCCCACGUUGUUCACACUUGUCAACAAUAUUGAACAAUAUUGUUGAGCCCGAAUCGGGUGUAACAACAUUGUUCAAUAUUGUUGACAGCUAUGAACAAUGUGGGCAGCAAAACAUUGUUCAAUCCUGUUUUUCAUCAGUAUUGCAUCAACCUGAGCGUUUUUACGCGUGUAUGGUUCGAAGUACCGAUUUAAAAAGUGAGCAGCAAUGUUUUGUUAGGUUGAUAAGGCUAACUACGUGCAUUGCCAAACUGUCAAAAUAUUGCGAUACUGAAGAGUUUGUAAAUACAGUAGUUUUCUGUAUAGUAAAACAAUUCUUCUACUCACUCUCGUCGUGUACAGUAUGACUCGAAUUCGCUGAAUAACCCAAAUUAGUAUAAAUUUUGCAUAUCAAAAUGAGCUUUUGCGCGUUCUGAUUGGCUAGUUGACUAGUAAAUCUGACGCAUUAUUUACCAGCAGACUAGUAAAUAAUAUAUUGUGUUUUCGAAACUUGUAAAGUGAAAAGUGCAUGUUAUUAAAACUUUAUUUCCAACGAUAUAGUUUUACAUUUCCUUUUACCAAAUUUCUCAGUCAUUUCCUGAAAAAAAUGAUGCUAAACAGAAAAAGUCAUUCCGUUAUUGUGUUUAAUAUAUUCUAAAUUCUAAGCAGAAAUCGAGAAAAACAACUUUGUAAUAAAGCAAUAAAGUCACACAAGAAGCCAUUUUGAAAGCGUGUGCGUACAAGAAACACUGCAACACUAGUGACAGUAACCGUGAAUAGGCCGAAAAAAGCCGAAAACAGUUUUAUUUCUGAAUUUUAAUUGAACUGAUAUUUGGAUAUUUUGUUUUAUUCAUUAAAAGUUUAUACUGAAACAAUUAUUCUCCUCAGGCUCAGUGAUUAAGGUGAAUAUUCACCUCGACUUCGUCUCGGUGAAUAUUGACCGGUAAUCACUUCGUCCUCGGCGAAUAAUUGUUAAAUAACCAAUAAGCUAAAGUAGUUGAGCCUAGUGUAUGUUCGUUAGUGUAAAAACGUUUAUUGCUUUGCAUGUGAGCCUAAUCUUCCAAAAUGGAUCUCCCAUUUGACAUCAUCUUUAAAACAGCAAUGCGUUCUAUGCGAUAAAUUAUGAACGCUUCCUCAAUGGCUGAUAUUUCAUAAAUACUGUGUGGCAUUUUUAAGCAAGUCUUUAUUUUAUCUAGCUACGAUAUCUUGAUAUCUGCUGCUCAAUGUGGAAAGUUGACAAACGAAAGCAAAGAAAUCCUUGGUGGCGCUGGAGAGAUGGCUCAAGCACGUUGUGUUAAACUUAUCAACGUUAGAGCUAAGGUAGGUCACAUUCUCAUGAUUCAGAAUGUUUUGAAACUGACUACGAGAACCAUUUAAAUCUAAUCUAACCAUAGAUAGAUUGACCAGAUAAGUAUUCUAUAAUUAUGUGUCACAGAAUACCCCGCCUAAACCCGAAAAAUGUAAGGCAUGUGGUAAUUGGUGAAUGCACACAGGGCAUCAUGGGACGACAGGAAAAAUUAAUCCUGCCAGAUAACAAAUUCAAUAGUCCUAUUACCUUCAGUGCUAUUAUAUUAAAGGGAGGGAAUUCUAUUCUCGCGAAGACUGUUAACUUGUUCGGGCAUGAUAUGAUCAGUUUUAAUCAAGAAGAAGAAGAAGAAAUGUUUAUUCGCACCAUUUAAGCAAUUAGAAUGAUUAAAUCAUACUAGUAUACGCAGCGUUGCGAAAAGUAGACUGGGGUUCAACUUCUGUUCCAACUUGCCUCGCAAUUUUUCGUUGCGUCAUGACAAGUUGCAAAGUGGAGAUGACACGCGUUUUGUUCGGCUUUGCAAUUUCCACGCGCAAUAUUCCAAAUUGAGAAACAUGGUUGUUGCACUGUGCUAUCAGGGCUUAUCAACAUGUGCUAAUCUUUAAUCCCAGGCUGGUUAUUUGGACGCAUUGGCAUCUACGGAAUUUGUUUGCCUCUCGAGAUCUGUUGAAAAGUUUGUCAGUGAAUGCGAAGCAGUAUGUGGCCGCCACAGUCGUGUAUUGAGAACUAUCCUGGUAACACAAGCCAAGAAAUUUGUUGAACGAUUUCAUGAAGAAAAGAAACAAAAAUUAAGGUAAUGGUAUAGCUAGAAAUCAACUUUGCUUUUUGUAGCCCCUUUUCUCCAAAUGUGAAGGAGAGUCCAUUUUCAUUCUAUAAUUUUUCUGAAUCUCGCCUACAUGUGCAGUGUCUUAAUUCUUACAAUAGAGUUAUAUAUCAAAGACCAGUUCGGACUUUUGACUCUGCAUUUUGAGUUGGGAUAAAUUUCCUAUUGAACCAUUACAGAUGGUCGAGUCUUAAAGAUUUAAAGAAUAUCUAUCAAAAUAUUCAAGGGAGGAAGGGGAUAUUUUGUAAUUUGUAGCCGGUGAACUUGAGAUUCGAGGGAAAACAAAAGUAACUAUUUCUCAAAAAAUGUCCCCGUUUAGAAAUCACUCUUAUGCGUUAUUACACCUUUGGGAAUUUAAUUUAAUUGUACAUGAACAGCGGAAGUAUUUACAACUUCCCGUUGUCCAAAUAAUUUAACACUUCGGAUAUACUAUGCGUUAACGUGUAAGUUGUUACGACAAAUACUCGUUGCUGUGUAGUCAGUUGAGCCAUUCCUACUCGAACUGACUGUAAGAUGAAUUUGUAAUUUGACAUUUUUGUGUUGCUGUUUGUUUUAGAAGCUUUUUUAAAUUCCCAGAGGUAUAACAACAACCCACGUUUAACAACAAAAGAGUGAUUUCUAUAGGGGUGCGUGAAAAGGGGCGAAGAAAAAUAAACGACAUUCACAAAACAAUUAUAUAUUUGACAAAUAAAACUCUUUAAUGCAUGUAAAUGAUUUUAACAAUGAAGAACCUGCUAAAACGUGUAAAGGUAUAACUGUAGGAUUUAGAAUAUCUAUACAUCAGAGAAUGACUAAAUCUCUACGAUUGCAUAAGGAGAGAAUGGUUUUCUGCAGGAUUAUUAAAAUAUUUGUUAAUUAGCAUAUGCUAAUGCUUAUGAUAAGUAUAGGUAAUAGCAUGGUUUCGAGUGCAAUUUGCAUAUAACAUGCACGAGUGAGUUUUCCAAAGACCUCAAAAUAGCACGAGUCCGAAGGACGAGUGCUAUUUGAUGUCUUUGAAAAACUCACGAGUGCAUGUUUAUCCAAAUUUCACGAGAAACCGUGCUAUUACUUAUUAAUAAUUUACAUAAAAAUGUUCGAGACAAUUGUAGUUUUAACUUACGCGUUUAUAGCGAACAUUCCACCGGCAAACUUUUCCUGGCUUUGUUAUAUCACAUUAUGCAACGCUAACAGCUUGAAAAUUCCACUCAACUAUGUAAUUUUUGUUAGUCUUGUUUAAGGUCAAUGCUUUUCCAUUUAAAAUAAAGACAAAAGCCAUAUUUUUCACGCGAAAGCAACUUUUACUUUACCGUAGCGCGGCGCCAUGUUUGUUUUGUUUUGAAGCAAUCUGUGACCGUUACUUCUUUAAACUAAAUUGCUUUAAACUGAUUGGUUGAUUUAAUCAUCACAAUGUUUUUCCACCAAUCAGAUUAGUUUGUUACAGAUUUUUGCACUGUGAUUACAGAAAAUUGCACUGUGAUUACAGAACAUUGCACUGCUGUUUGGGAUUAACUGCACUGAAAUCAACCAAUCACAGUCGAGUAAUAUCUUUAUGUAUAUUAUUAUUAGUUGAACAGUAUAAAAGACAUGUGCUUGAAUAAAGUGUCCUUCUCCGACGUUACACAACACACACUUUCAUUUUUUUUCUUCAUGUUUGCUUGUUAAGUCAUGUCGGGGGACACUACACAACACUUUGGCCCGAUCAAAGUUUCUGUAAGGGGUAUAAUGUUUAUGGCCUCCCGAUGUUGUAAAUUUGUUAGUAGUAAUGGGCCUGGCUACCUGUAAGAGAUAGUUGGAUAUGAAUAUAAUAGUUUUGUUUGUGGAAACACCACGUAAAUUUAUUAUUGCAUGCAGUAAUAGGUUUACGUGGUGUUUCCACAAACAAAGCUAUUAUAUGUUUUAUCGCCAUGCAAACCUACAAAGAACUGGAUGUGAAUAAUUAUUAGAAUUAUUUGUGGUGAUGAGUAAAUGCAGCGCCCGCACAAGGCAUCAAAUUCCAUUCGUGCGUACUGUAUUCAUUUAAAUUAGAAUUGAUUGGGAGGGAGCCACUUGUAUUGAAUUUAAUGGUUUGGAGGAUGAGAGAAUGUUCUUAGAAAGCUGGUUCACGAAAUGCGAUGAAAACAGCAUCAACAUUUGCCGCGAAAUGCCAGGAGCAUACGCUGGACUAAUUACGCAUGAACGCAGGCUCGCAUGCCUUGAACGCACGCGCGAGCAAGCAACCUCACGAACACGCGCACGUCAUUUUGACGCAAGAUAAAAUUAUUAUCACUGUAAAUUUUUUUGUAACUGCAAUACGUCUUUGAUAAUGGCUGCCGUAUAGGUAGCCGAAACGUCAGAAACAAUUAAAAAAUUUAAUCUGGAUCAUGCCUGUAUAUUUAAUUUUUUUGCAGGUAGCCAAAAAACAUUUUCAGUUAGCCCUGCGUAGUCCUUGCAAAUUGCGACAUUGAACCGGGCACAGUCUUGUUUGCUACUUUGCUGACGAAUAAGAUUCGGCCAUAGAACAGGAAAUUUUAAGUUUUUGAUGGCAUCAUUUGAUGAAUUUACGUCUUGGGUACGACUCUUAUUAAAUCUGGUCGGUAAAUAUUGCAGAAUGUAUUCGGAAAAAUUGAAAUUUUCUACUUUACUUAAGCAUGCAUAAGACCUUCUGACCAAGGAUUGCAGUUACUUGCAGGCACUGCAGGCAGCGCCGCUACCUAGGAUCCCAACAUCUGACAGGCAUAAUCAGGAUGAUCGUACAAUAAAUUAAAUUAAUGGAAGAACCCGGAUGCAAGCCCUUCAGUAAAUAGUUGUUAACUCUUAUACACAGUUCGAAUGUUUAGUUAUCCAAAUUAAUAUUUGUAAAAUAUGCUUUAGAUUGUAGUAUAUACAUUAGCCGGCAUACUUAGCAGGCUCUUUAUAAAUAUAAGCAUAAUAUAUGCACGCAAUUUUUUUCUGAAAUGUAGAUUUAAGAUCAGCAGCGCGGUACCGCAGAUUCCAUUCCUGCCAGGUGGCCUAUAUUUGCAUUUUCCGCGUCUGCUCCCGGUUAUGUUUACAAAUUGUAUAUAACUUCGGCUCGGAAUUGACCAUUUGCGUAAUAGACUAAAUUUUGAUCUAAACAAGUCUAGACAAAAAUUUCAUCACAGCUUGAAAGAGCAUCACAAAAUUAGUAAUAAUCCAAAGUUUCGUUGCGAAAUGUUGUAAAAUGCGGAAAAUAUAGCGUUGCGAAGUUUGCAAUUUUCAGUCAUUCUAGAUUACAAACGGGAAAUUGACAGCCUCAAUUUCCCGUUUGUAAUCUAGAAUGACUGAAAAUUGCAAACUUCGCAAGGCUAUAUUUUCCGCAUUUUACAACAUUUCGCAACGAAACUUUGGAUUAUUACUAAUUUUGUGAUGCUCUUUCAAGCUCUGAUGAAAUUUUUGUUGAGAUCAAAAUUUAGUCUAUUACGCAAAUGGUCAAUUUCCAUGUACAAAAUAACAAAAACCCUUUACUUCUUAUGCUUUUGCAGUUUAAUAUUGGACAAUGAGAGAUGGAAACAAGCUGAUGUUCCGGCUGAAUUUCAGACACUCGUUGAUUCUUUAGUAGAUGGUAAGUUAAUAGGCACUACGCUCAAUUAUUAGCACUGCAUGCAUGUUAGGUAAAAGUAGUAUAUUCGUACGUACUUAUUUCUCUUGAGCGUAAUGCAUGCAAAUUUGCUUUUUGUGUGCAUGGAAAAUAUUUCCUUUAUAAUAGAAAACAUAAAAUUAAAAAUUGCUGACAUAAAACGCUAUUUUCUGUUGUGAAAAUAUUAACUGUUUUUUUUGUAAAAAUUUUAUUAGGGGUCCCAACAAGCGAGCGUGAAAUACUUUCAUUACCAUCAAAUAAACAAGGUAAAUUCAUAGAUUGCAUAUUAUAUGAAAGUAUAUAUUACUUGAAAAAUACAAGGAGAAAUUCAAUCUUGAAACGAUCGAAAACUAUGAAUAAUUCAUUUCCUCAUGAAUUAUUAAUGAGUUUUUUUAUAUGAUUUACUUGCCAACCUUAGGAAUAACUUGAGUGAUUUCGUCCACAGCAGGCCUAGCUGUUGGGCUGCCAAUGACUAUAAAAUAACUACACUUUGAACUAGCAGGUGGCUCGAUACAGUUUUUUUUAAACGGAAAAUUUGCUAUAUAGAUCCGUAUAUUUCGACAAGUAUUACUUGUUGGACAACAAAAAGCAAUAUCUUAUACUUAUGUCAAACAACAUCUAAGGAGUUCGAAAUUAUUCACAAAAGUUACGCAACUACCGUUGCUAUGGCAACAAUGACGUUUCAAUUUAACUCGAAAACGACAUUGGUGACUCUCAAAUUUUAUUUCAUAAAAUGAUUUCUCUUCGUAUACUCAAUUAUUUUGAUGUAAUGUAAAGCACUGAUAAAGAUUCGACGCAAAAUGUUCACAGCGUUUUGUUUGUUUCUAGCGUCAUCUCUUUCUUCUUCUCGUAAACCACCUGCGAGCCACCUUGUUGUUAAUGGUGAAAAAUUUGCUGUCGCGGGGUAAGUGUAUAAUUAUUCACCCAUAUAUGUAAAGUAAAGAAAUGAUUAUAUAUUUUCUUCAAUACCGAAUUCCAUGUGAUCAAUCUUGCGUUGAAAGAGUACACAGCUUUAAGCUCUUGGGUGUGUAUCUAUCAGAAGAUCUUACCUGGAAUACCCACGUUGACCAUAUCUUGAAGAUAUAAGACAUUGCCCUCCGAUUAUUGAAGAAAGCAGGCCUGGGUCUCACUGAUCUUAUAUAACCAUCUACUGCCCAGUUAUUCGCUCCAUACUUGAGUGUGCAUCCCCAGUAUGGGCAGCUCUUCCUGAUUACCUAUCCUCUCAUCUCGAGUCAGUCGAAAAGAGAGCACUUAUCUUAAGAUUAUAUACCCUGACAUAUUUUAUUAUGAAGCAUUGCAGACCUCAAAGAUUAAAACCUUGGAAUGUCGAAGGGAUGAGUUAUCAACUCAACCCGGAAGAAAGCAUGUAAAAACAUUCCAGUCUAUAAUAUAAUCAGACCCUCCCGGUCCUUUAACGAACAAUCGAACAUGAUUAUUUUUUACGUGUACUGUAGCUCAAAAUAGUAGUGGAACUGUGAGAACCUUCACUGAACGUUUCGAUAACUUUAUUACCAUUAAAUAUACGUAAUUGUCCUAGUUUAGUCCUCUAUAUGUUGUAAUUAUGUAAAUAUAAUGUUAUACUGUAAGUCUUUAUGUCUAUAUAUAUUACAUUACAUAGGAACAAUUGUGUAAUUCAAUUUUUACUGCAAAACACUUCAUUAAUAAACAGAUAAUAAUAUCAUGUAAAAAAUAAGCUAAUUUUAGAACGAAAUUAUACAACCAGACAAUUGGUAGCAAUUUCCACCGAGCAUAAUCUGAGCUUUUGACCGCCAGUUCUCAAUAUGUUUGACAGAUAAAGCAAUAAUACUCUAAAGAACGAUCUAAGCCCAGUGCUCUGUAGCAGUUUAGAAAACAAAAAGAAUUACAAAAACAGAACGCCGCCGACAUAAUUCUUGGUAUAAGGAUACUCCUGAUCAGAAAUUGGCGUGGAACAAAUUUACCUGCAAUCUUUUGCUUCCUUUUGUAAAACACUUGUACUUUUUCAAUUUUAGAACCUUGUUACUUGUUCUCAAUAUGAUAGUGGAAUAUUGUCAUUGUGUUGAUUUGAUGCCUAUGCUUGCCGCAGAUAUAAUGACGAAACUGUUUGAACUUAUGAAGGUUUGACUUAACACUAGUUAUUUUGAGGUGGAAAAACACAUUGUCCUUUGAAAGCUUGUUUGAAAGGUAGUUUCUUACCUUCUUGACAAUUUUAAUCAGAGAUUGCCACCAUAUGGGUUUUAUAAUUCAUAUAUGCAAAAUGUUUCCUUCCUCGGGCCUCAGGAAUCCAGGGUAUAUAUUAUCUUUCAACUUUUUCAUCUGUAUAUACAUCACACUAGAAUAUCAUGCUUGACGUUCAGAAGGCGAAAUUUCACACAAUGACACAAGGAGUGAUGUAGGGAUGAGCCGAUACCAUGCAGAAAAAAGCCGAUUCGCCGAUCCGAUAUAUCGGAGCCGAUAUAAAAAAAUAAUCGGCCGAUUAAUCGGCUAUGGCCGAUAUUUCUGUGUACCGAGGUACAAGCGCCGGCUAACGGUUUUUUGACAACUUUUAAUACUUGUGUAUACGCCACAAAUUGACGUUCUAGUUUUAGUGUGUUCCGGAAAAUAUUUACUCAUAUUGGACAGUUAUCGGUCACUGUACGAGUUAAACAAAUUAAUGAAUAUGGGAUUAAAUACGCACAACAAAAGUGUCAAAAACGAGACGGAGUGUAGAUUACUAGAUUGUAGAGUUAUUUUUUUUAAACAAAAACGAAAAAAUUGCGAGUAUCGGCAAUAGCCGAUUAUAAAAAAAUAAUCGAUUAUUUUGAAAACGCCAAAUAUCGGCCGAUUUAUCGGCCGUACCGAUUAAUCGGCUCAUCCCUAGAGUGAUGUUUCAUAAAAUCAUUCCUGUGCAUUGUCGUCUUUGUAUUUCUGUCUUGCUGGGCUAGAAGAUGUCGUUUUGACUACUUAUAUCAGGAUUGAUUUGCACUAACCGUAGAAAAAGCGUGGGAGUAAACACCAGCUUGCGAAUAAAGUGUUGCCAGAUAAAUUUUGAAAAUAUUCAUGCUGGUCAUGUUCAAAAGUUCACAAAAUAUUCAUCAAGGUUCACAAAUUGUAAAAAAAGUUUUAUCCAUACAUAAUGGCUAAAUUAUGACCGUCUGUAUAUCAUGAGGUGUAAAAAUAUUACAUACCGUUUCCAUGUCAAUUAUGGCUUUUCUAGCAAAAUUCCUUGUAAAAUUUAUGGAUAAUUUUGGUUAAAAAUUGGCAGGAGCCUUAUGGAUAAUUUGGGAGGAAAAUUGGCAGCUCAUUAAUGUUCUAUUUUGUGGCCAUCGACGGAAAUCCACUAUUCACUAUCCAUGAUCGUGUUGACAACCACUUUAAAUACUUCAUAUUUGAAAAGUAUGGUGGUUUUUCUAGCAAGCCGAGGGGUUUCUUUAUAAAAAUAAUACGCUGAAUACAGAAAUAUCAAGAAAAUUUUUUUCUCCUGACUGUUGUGAGAUGCAACCAAAUUUGAACCCAUGCAAUCAUAGCUUUCAGUCGGUUAAUUGGAGUGUCAGAAAAGAAUGUUGGGUUUUUGAAUGGGAGGUAUUUUCACAGGUUAGUGAGCCUUUACAUGAGUGUGCGUUAUCAACCUUUCACAGCAUCUUUCUGAAUAAAUCCACAGAUAUAGUGUUAACGUCGUUUUUAUCUUCACGGAAGAAGGCCCAAAAUUCAUGCGCCAUAAUUAUUUGAAGAAUCUCUGCUGGUCAAGCAAGAGCGCGGUUGUCCCUAACUUUAACGUCUUUAGUUUGCCUACGUUACUUCCUUAUCGACAAGAAAGGCCGCUCAGCGUAUAUUAUCUAGUGUCCAUUGCCAUAGAAUGCGGAAACGUCAAUGUCUUCUUAUAUUUUGUUUUCCAGAUGUUUAACUCCAGAACAUGUCAACUCGUGCUUGGUGCUGGAGCCCUCCAACUUGUUGGCUUAAAAACAAUCACGGCAAAACAUUUGGGUAUAUAUAUCUAUAUUUAUAUACAUUACUGCAGUCUAUUUUACAUGCUAGCUUCGUUUUGCUUCAGAGUUCUUAAGAGUAGUGUCUAAAUACGAAUUCUUGAGUUGACUUUAAAGGCGCGUUUACACUUGCAAUUUUUGCUGCGAUUUUAGGUGCGAUUUUCUUCGAGGGUAUACAUAUACUCAGAACAUUCAUAACGUUUCUACUCCUUCACAUUCUACUCGUUCAAGAAGAAAAUCGCGCUACAAAAUUGCAGCAAAAAUUGCAAUUGUAAACCGGCCUUAAGAUGUCAAUAGGGUGACAAAAUUAAAGCAAGAAAAAUUUCAAUGUAUUUGCAUGUUGAGGCUGUAAAACACUGAAACAAUUAAUGUGUGCUGUCAUUGAAAAUAUUGUUUUGUUGCAAGCGAUAACUACUGUGACACCAACAUUAAGAUCUAUUAGCAAGUAUGAAAUGUGGUAUUAAUGGAUGGAGAUAAUAAUCCAUUUGGAUGGUAUAGGCAUGCAGUCACUAAAACGUUUCACACGCUGCAGGCAAAAGAAGUCUAAGGCCCAAAGUUUCACAAUUAAUAUUUUUUACUUAUGGAAAUAAACUUCAGUAAUUAUAUUUCGAUAUCUAGAAGAUUUAAAGGUUCUUUUUUCUAUUUUAUUAUAUAGCCUUAGCAUCCCGUUGUUUAGAAGUUGUCACUUUGCACAUCGCAACGUUCAAGUCACAUUUUGAACUUCGCCUUCCACCCAAGCAGUACGUUUUAUUAGGACAAUUUGACCAAAUUUUAAAGGUACAAAGUAAUGAAAUACCUUUUAUAGUUAUGAUUAUAGAGAGGCAGUUCUUACAAAUCUACAUUAUAUGUUUAGCUUUUGUAAGUAUCCAAUACGAUUUUUGUAAAAUUGUCUAUAUCCGUACAAGGUCUUAGGCAGCCGUCUUUUUGGACGGCAAAUUGAAAAUGACGGUUUUUGGAGGGCCAUUAAGUGAAUUUGUUCAUCAGCGAAAGAUUUUUCAUACACAAGACAUCUUUUUAGGCCAUGAUUUUAACAAUUAACACAACCGCAGUCGAAUGGUGCAUGACGAUUAGUUAAAUAUUCUGUAUAUUUCAGCUUUUAGCUGCUACUCAGAUGAACAUUUCAUUAAAAAUUCAAUUAAAAAAAAAGCUUCGUACUUUGUUUGACUAUAUUAUUAAAUCAAUAAAAUUAGUGGAACUAAUCGCCCUUUAGCACCUAUCUCUAUUCUCUAAUUAUUAUUCUGGAUGGAAUAUCUCAAUAUUUUAUAUUUUAUAGGAUUAUAAUAAUCAUCGACAAGAGAUUUUUUCUAAAAUGGCUACUUUAAUGGAAGAACUUUUUGAUGAUCAUUUGUUAACGGUCAGUAUACAAUUAUAAAUAUUAGGCCGUGGGCCGUUGGCCAAAAUUAUUUCGCUUCGUGGCAACCCCCUGGGGAAUAGAUUUCCUGUGGUUCAAUGCAUAGUACCAUAGUUGAUCAAUUACCACAAAGAGUUCCCAAGCAAAAAACGUGCCAAACACCGAGAAAAUUGGUGAUCAGUGAUUAUCCUCUAUUAAAUUGUAUUACAGCAAGAAAAUGUGAAAUUUUGUAUUCAAUUACAACAAAAAUGAUUUGCAUCAUCAGAAAGCUUACAAAAAACCGCAUAUAAAACUUUUAAACAGUUUUUUGAUCCUUCAAAUAGUCUUUGAGUUAUUGCUGUUUUAAAUGUGAAAAUUGGACCAAAAUGUCGCAAUAAGGACUGGGUCGAAAAUGCGUUUUUGACAGCGUACAACUCGAAAACAAUUUGAGAUAUAAAAAAAACUGUUUAAAUGUCUUAUAUGUAGAUUUGUGUAAGCUUUCUGAUGAUGCAAGUCAUUUUUGUUGUAAUUGAAUACAAAAUUUCACAUUUUCUUGCUGUAAUACAAUUUAAUAGAGGAUAACUGAUCACUCAUUUUCUCGGUGUUUGGCAAGUUUUUUGCUUGGGAACUUUUUGUGGUUAUUGACCAACUAUGGUACUAUGCAUUGAACCACAGAAAAUCUUUUCCCUAGGGGGCUGCCACGAAAUUGCUUUUCUAAGCACUUUUUCGCAGAACGGCCCUCGGCCUAUAUCUGAAAUACAUAUGUUCAUUGCUAUAGUUCUUCAAAAGAGACUCUACAAUCUGUUGUGUAGAUGUACUCUGUUGAUUCAGUAAUACGUAUAGCAAGGCACACAUUAGACUUGCUCCAAGUCUCUCUUUCAUUGUCAUAUAGUAUCGAUCCACUAUAGUGUACAUUACAUGACGUAGUAUGGAGAGGCGGAGUGAGAAAGAGAGACUUGUCAACUUCAAAACUGAACCGAAAAUGCAAGACUUGCGUUAAUUGUUUUCUGUCCGUGUUUAUAUGAAUAGAUCUAGCACAGUGUAAAUAACAUGAGUUCCAUUAUAGCAAAUAAUACAGAAAGAAAUUGAAGGAAAACAAUUAAAGCAAGUCUUGCAUUUUCGGUUCAGUUUUGAACCGAGAUUUUCCGAAGUUGACAAGUCUCACUUUCUCGCUCCGCCCCUCCGUACUACGUCAUGUAAUGUACACUAUAGUGGAUCGAUACUAUAUGACAAUGAAAGAGAGACUUGGAGCAAGUCUAGGCACACAUGCAUGCUCACUAUUCUAUCUUUCUACCUCCAGUAUACAAAAUCAAAAAUACGACUCGUGAAUCACGCAAAGGAAACGGUGAUGAGGCUGUCCAGAAAAAAAUUGCAUGCGAACUUUCUUCAAUUCUUAUUAUAAUUGAUUGGAGGAAAGCACGUCGAGUGCAUGACAUGAAUUAUCACCGAAGCGGGUUAUUGUUUGAGGCAGAACAUAGAAUUUUGUUGGUAGUGUCGUCACAUGACAUUAGUAAUGCAGUUUUCAAAUUUGAAAUUGACCUGACAAAUCAAAAUGUCUAAAUGUACCGUAAGACAUGCAAAGAUUCUAUAUUUCUGGUCAUGAUUGUGGUAUUUUCUAAAGUUUAUUUCAACAAUGUGCAAAUGUUACAAAUUUCUCAAUUUUUCAAUUGUGCAACACUUGAAAAUUGCCAAACGUGGGAAUUCAUCAAAAUAUAGGUUGAUAACGGUCUAAGGAGAAGGAAUUACGACUCUCGUUAACUCUUGUUGGAUCCCAGUACCCUUGCAAGUGCAUAAAAAGUCCUGUAUGAUAUUAACGUUGCAGAAAUUACUGUUUCGUUUUAUAUUAACAGCAUUCGAAACUUUCUUUAUAUCAGUGCUAUGUCCUAACUCCGCGUGUUAAGCCAUCCAGUUUUGUACAGUAGCUAUUUUGGGGCUGAAAAAUAGUCUAGGGCUGUCAAGACUUGUAGUGUCAACGAGAUAAGAAGACAUUGCCCUGCCAACAGAGCUGUGCAAACUCCGGGUAUCAAAGCUCCGGCUCCGGCAGUCAAAUUAACUCCUGCUCUGGCUAGGAAAUUUUAAGUGAAAAGUAAAACCGCAUGGCAGCGUGGUACACGGCUAAAAACGCACAGGUUGUUGCAAGUUGAUAUCGACAGGCGUGAACAAUGUUGUGCGGCCAACUAUGAACAAGUUGUUAACCAUGUUGUUCCAAAAAUUGCGGUUGCCAUAGAGUAUUUUAAUAAAACACAAAACAAUAGACACUCCGAAAAUUGUAAACAUUUUAAUUCUUUACGUUUAGACUAUAAUUUAAGUCAUCUUCAGAAGAAAUCUUUCUUCUGAAGAUGACUUAAAUUAUAGUCGAAACGUAAAUUGUUUUGUGUUUUAUUAAAAUGUUGUUCCAAGUUGUUACAGUUGAACAAUGCUGUAACAACAUGUUGACAAUACUGUUCAUAGUGGGCCGCACAACCUUGUUCACGCCUGUCGAUAUCGACUUGCAACAAGUUGUUGAUUUUCUCCAUUUUUACGCGUGUAUUUUCGCCCAAAAUACACUGGGGUCAGCGGAUUUUUGUAUCAAAAGCAAUAGCAAUGCGCUUGCAGAAUUUUGGAAAGUCGAAACCACGAAACGGAACGCAGCAAGUAAUUAAACUUUAUAGUGAACAACAUACACUAUUAAUAGACGUAUAAAUAAAAGAACACAUGUAAUAAUAUAUAGUAAAACAACAUAUAAAUUGUAAUUUAUUAGUAAGCAACAACUUAAUUUUUCCAUUUAAUACCAAAGGUUCAUUGAAAUAUGAAAUAUUUUUUAAAUUUUUUUUCUGCCGGAGUUUUCCGGCUCCUGCAGUCCGGUGCACAGCUCAACCUGCCAAUAUAUGUUGAAUGUUUUGCCAACAUUCCCCACUUGUUGAAACACAGUGUGUAUAGCAUUGGACAUGCUAUUCUUGUUUUACAAGAUCGUUCGGACGGAGUAUUCGUCUGUAUAUAAUGCAGGUCUUAUAAAGCGGCCGUGAGUACACUGCAGUCCGUAGGCCUGAAAGGCUUUCGCUUUCAUCAACUGAACACUUUGCAGUGAAAGCUAAAUUAGGACAACGCCAGGCGUAAACUCGCAGUGAAAACAUGGCUUUAAGAUCAUUGAUGUGUUGUCACAAUUAUAUAUAGCAACGGUUACCAUUUCAUUAUGCUACAUUUUAGUGGGAAGUUCGUCCACCGAUGCCGUCACAAGUGAUGAGAAAUAUUGUGAAACAAAUCACAAAACUACACGAAGCUUUAUUGGCAAUAUUCCCUGCGACUCAAGUUGAGGUAAUUAUUUUGAAACAGUUACCGUAGAAAUAUUGCAGCCUCCUGAAAGUAGCUUUAACUAAUUUGUACCAAGAAGCGAAGUGUCUUUCUUGGUAGAGCUGUUGAUGUUUUUUGACGGAUUUAACGCUCUGCCGAAAUCGUGGGUUUUUUCCGGGUGUUCUCGUUUCCUCCCACAGGGCAAGUUGGCAGGGUGGGUUAGGUUGAACACAAUUAGGAAAGUAAUACCUCAAUAGACCUUAUGCAUAAUGACGUCACAAGGCUUGAUGCCCUCGAGGAAUGCUGGUCUUAGUAGUUAUCAAAAUUAAACAAUUCAAAAUCGCCACUAUCGAAAUUUUCCCGGGCGAUGACUACUAAGACCAGCAUUCCUCGCGGGCUUCAAGCCUUGUGACGUCAUUAUAUGCAUAAGGUCUAUUGUUGUAAAGAUAAAUAGUCUAGGCUAAAUAAGUAAAAUAACGUAACCAAGUAAGUAACAUUGAUGUAAUCGGUCACUGAAAACCCCCAAUGGGGAGUGAGCUGAAUAAUGUAAUGUAAUGUACCGACUUUCCGAAAGUAGAGGUCCUGAAAGUUGCUAAAUCCAAAAGUUAAAUAACUGGCCGUUAUUUUGAAAUCCAAAAGUUAUUAAAUUACUGGCCGUAUUGCGUUUUAGUAUAGAACGUUUCAUGCCAUAUACUGCAUUUUGGUAAUUUAUAUUUUCUGUAGAUUGUGAUGAAAGAUGUCAAGAAAUCAUUUAAGAAUGUGUUGGCAAAGAAAAUCGCUAGUUUAAAAGUGAAGAACGACUUUGGACCACAGCAUGGGUAAGUCAGUAAUUGCAUACCGUUCGAGAGAAAAACAUGACAAUCCUAACUUGAGAUUUGAUACACACGAGCAACAAUAAAGACAUAUUUAAUGCCACAUGCAGUGAUGGUUCAGAGAAGCUAUGAAGACGCGAAUUGCACCUAAUUGUAGGAAUGCAAUCCGGCAGUUUUUAAGAACCAAUCAUUUGUAAUACCGCACACCCAAAACAUCUUUAAAGUGCGACUAACCCCAAAUACGAUUUUUUUUUUGUAUGUGUAAUAUUUGAGUCAUUCGAAGAAAAAAUGUAAUAUAUAUUUAUAGUAAAAAAUUCCUUCUUGAUUAACUUUUUCACUGUCAAAGUUUCCCGAUAUGAUUUCAUUAGGUGAAUUGCAAAUUAAUUUUCCUUUGUUUUUUUGUACCAACAAUUCACCUAAUGACAUCAUAUCUGGAACUUUUACAGUGAAAAAGUUGAUCAAGAUGAGGUUUUUUACUAUAAAGAUAUAUUACAUUUCUUCUAAGAAUGACCCGAAUAUUACACAUACCAAAAAUUAUAUUUGGGGUUAGUUGCACUUUAAUAUUAACUAAUCAGGGGUGGAAAAAAUAUUUCCCUUUCUGGGACCACAAGAGAACAUUGAAACAUUUUCUGCGAAUAAUCAAGUCGACACUCGAAAGCUGUAACUGUGUAACUCUAACAAGUUGUCAAACUUAAGGUCAUGCUAUAUUUUAAGGUAUAAUACGUAUAUAACAUAAAACUAAUUUAGAUAACAUACAUCAGGGGGGACUGAUCCUAAGGUAAAUUUACAGAUGCCAAAAAAUGGGCACUACUAAAGUACAUGGGGGUCUGGAAGCAUGGUGCCCCAGAAAAUUUUGAAAAUCAGGUGUCUCAGAUUGGCUAAAAAUGUAUUUGCCAUACAACAUUUGUUACAUUAUUCUGUAGUCUCUACAUUUAUCCACUAUUGCACUAGUAAGAUAGGUGCAUGUGCUUCUAAUAGCAUUUCUGAGGUCAUACAUACAGUGCAGGUAACAUUCUUUCUAUUGGGUUCUGGGCAGAAUUUGCCCUCUGAAUUUCUCCCUUUGUCUAAAUUUCUACAAUUAUCUUUUUUUUCUUUCUUGCAAUUAUUUCCUGGGAACUCAAAAAAUUUUCUGGGACCAAUGGUCCGAUACUUUUUCCACCCCUGAUUAACUUCUUUACAUUACAUACAUCUUUUAUUAGCCUGGUUCAAUCAGACUUGGCGUAUUUUGCUAUGAAUCUGAAAUCACUACACGGAAUGAAAGAUGUUGAAGACAGUUUAGGUGAUAUAUGGAAACUUGCAAAUGAAUUAAGAACUAGCAAACCACUUCCUACAAUGAAUAAGAAAGCUCUUCCAAAUAGAUAGCCAUAUCAUCAUAUUGCAACAACACCAGGAUGAAGGAUUGUGGGUGAGAGAGUGGGUGGAAGGUUAGGGUGUAACCUUAUACCAAUUUCAAACAACGCAUGCACAACACAUCAGCAAGGUCAGAGGCAUAGCCACGCGGGGGAGCGAUUUGGUGGACGACUUCGGUAUUUAAAUUGGUUGAGAAAAUUAUUUUGAUUGGUCGGGGGGGGGGGGGGGGCAAACAAUAUAGCGAGUUUAAGCUUCGCGUUUGAGGACAACGGCAAACAAUAAAGUCGAAUUUCUACAUUACACAUUAGAGUUUUAAAAAGAUAACAAAUUCCCUAAUUACUCUUCAUUGCCUUAUGUAGCGUAAGCUUUUAAAAUUGUUUGUCGUUUGACGUAUGAACGCGCAGCUUAAACUCUUGUACAAUGUGUAACAUAAUUAUACCGAAAAUUAGGAAAUAAACAAGGAAUAUUAUAAAUGGAAGAAAAUGGUUUAACGCUACGUAAGCAAACAGUCAUGUUUUAUUCUUUUUACAAUUCUUUGUUUGAGAGUCGUUUUGAACUUUCGUAUAUUGUUAUUAUUCAGCUAGCAAGUUUGAUUGCUUUUCCUCGGCUGGGAGAUGCCUCACACACCCACCCCAGUCUAAUACACUCACGCCUUCGCCCAAAAAUUUCUUCAUGACACCAUCAUGGGUC